AUGGCUGAAAAAGAAAUAAUUCCAAUCAGUUUUGUAGAGGAGAGAGCAAAGGAGAUCCAGCUCAUCGAGACGGCCAUUGAAAGCAACAGAAAGAAGUCGAUGAUGUUUCAAAGACUACCUUUCUACUUAAGACGGAGGCUCAGGAGCCAUGAAAAACGCAUAAAGAAGAAAAAGCAUAUGAGAAAAAAAGACCGCCAUGGGUUGAGAACACAUGUAUGGUAUGCAAAAAGAUUUGAGAUGAUGAAGGUGUGGAAUACAUCUAUUCCCCUAAGAAGAAGGAUUAAAAGCAGCAAGUUUAUCUACAAGUCCCAGAGAACCAGGGGAUUUGUUUUUGACGAGUCCUAUAAGGAUGUUGUUGUAUACGUUAGGCCAAACACAGAGAUUCUUGGAAUAAACUUCAGUCUUGAAAAUGUCGUACAAAGAAUUAGACAUGGGAAUAUAGUUUUUGAAGCAAUUGUCAGCGAGAAGUUCUUGACUAUCAUCACGCCUGAUCUUGAGGAGGUGGAGUCAAUUGUAUCUUUGGAGAAACAUAGUAGAAUUGAAUGCUGUUUAUCACUGAUACAGACAGAUGGGCUGUUCCUUGAUGAAAUUGAUGACGCAAAAAGAUUUGCUAAGAUUCUGUCGUACAAGAAAGGAGGAGGUAUUGACGAAAUCAUACUUCAUGAGUGCGGCGGAGCCAUAUUUGUGAAAAGUCAUUCGGGAUCAGAGUCUGGAAAGGUACUUCUUAGGAGAAACAUGGUUAUGAGUUUCUGGCAGGAUGUUGUGAAUGCAGGGAUUAUUCCGGUAUGUGUUGAGGAGCUCCAAAGGCUUGCGCUUGAAGGCGAUUAUAUGGUUUACCCGUUUGAUUACGCGACGUCUAAGCUCUACAAGGAUUUUGAACAAUCGUACAUGGAACCUAUCAAAAGUAAGUAUGAGAGGACACCAAAAUCGAAGAAAAUGGAGAUUGACAUUGGUUUUAUGUACAUAUACACAGACGUUCCGGCUGUAUUUGCCUCUUUUGAGCUUGAGAAGGGACAUGCCGAUAGAUGUGCGUUUAUUCUUAAUGAAAAUGACUGCAUAGUUGGACGUGUUAUCAGAGGAGGAUUUUGUUUCACAAAAGGAUUGUGCAAAGGACUGUGCUAUGUUCUCUGCGAUGUUCAAGAAGGAGAUGAGUUUUAUUCCCGAAACCUUAAUUCAUCUUCUUUUAACCAGAUAAAGAUAACAAAGGUUUUUAGAUGA